AUGUGUUUGGUAGAGGAGCUCCUGUGGCGCAGCAUGGGCUUCACUGGCGGAAUCCGGCUCUGCGUUCCGUCAUGCGAGGGUGGCGCAUCUCCGGCUCUGAACACGCUGAAGAAGGCGCCCAUCCUGAAGAGACGAACGAACACACACCUGUCUUUCACACCGGACGCGAUCAAACUGGAUAUGAUCUUGUUUCCCGCAAAUCGAAUCCUCAACGCAGACGAUCCGUCCAAAUUCAUUCUUGCCUCGUUCGAGGGCUUGAGGUUCCCGGACACUCCAGCUUCGACUACGAGGGAGUAUAUGAUGCGCUUAUUCAAAGCAGGGCUCUUUCUGAAUGGGGCUCAAUAUCGGUUCCAUGGACACAGCAACUCUCAGCUGAGAUCUCGUAGCUGCUUCUUGCGACAGGCAGACACCGAUGGCGAGCUCGACGCUCGUAUAUACAGUUUCGGAGAAUUCGAAAGAAUUAUGAACGCAGCCAAACGUGCAAAACGGAUCGGACUGUUGUUCUCGAAGGCUGAUCUGGAUUGGGUCCUCGAUCCUGUCUGGACGAAAGACAUCGACGAUAUAAUAGUCAACGGAGAAACCUUCUCGGACGGCUGUGGAUUGAUGUCAAAGCGGUUUGCAGUGCAGCUGAGUCGUCGCAAACGGAUCAUAUUCCAUGGUCGCCCGUACACGCCCUGCGGUGUUCUCAUGUUACAUCCUGAGAUGCCCGCUGAGCAUCACGCACAAUUUCGGGCGAGUCAGAAGAAGUUCACUGCAACGCAGGACAAUACUUUCUCUAUGGUCGACCAUUCGGUACCAUACGCCUUCGGACGUCUCAAUAACGACAUCAUUGUCCUCUUGGCAAGUCUAGGUAUCACGUCGGAGACGCUCCUCGCGAAACAAGAAGCUUACCACAAGUGGCUCACGGCUGCCUCCACCGACUGGGAAGUCGCAUUCAACUUCCUCUGCUCUCUCGGGCGCUACGAGCUCGCAGAACAGCUCUUGCUGCAGGGCGUGGACGACAACAAGGUGCAGAAACAGAUCCGGUCCUGCCAGAUGUCCGAGCUCGCCGCGUUCAAGAAGAACGAGAAAUUCCGAUCGCGGAUGGUCGUGCUCAAGUCGCGUCUCCUAUUUGGUGUCUGCGACCCUUACGGUGUCUUGCGCGAGGGCGAGGUCUUCGUCCGCGUGUCAGUGCCUCGCAAGGGCGCAUCAACACUAACGAACACAGACGUCCUGGUCGUCCGGAACCCUUGUCUCCAUCCUGGCGAUUGCUUGAAACUUCGCGCCGUCGAUAACCCUCGCCUGUCUCACCUCGUCGACUGUGUUGUGUUUGCCUCCAGAGGGAAGCGGGCAGCUCCUUCUAUGAGCUCCGGCGGUGACCUUGAUGGCGACAGAUUCUUGGUAAUGUGGGAUCCAGAUUUGGUUCCGAGGAAGGUUGCAGAGUCGUACACCUAUCCUGCUCCCAAGGAGCGUAUCACAAACACGAUCACAAGAGAAGACCUAGCUAGGCAUUUUGCCUCAUAUAACACCAUGACACUGGCCAGAAUUACUGCACUUCAUGCGAAGUGGGUUCGCUGCAGCCCCAAAGGCGCCAUGAGCGAUGAGUGUCAGGAUCUCAACGCCCUGCAUUCAUUUGCAGUGGAUGGCGCACCAGUCAAAAUCCCCGACCGUCUUAAGACUCCGCCCGAGCCAAAGGAACCAUACAUCAUCGACCUUCUCCAAGCGGCAGCGAGGCAAUUCUUCGACGACUUCACGCAGCGGCAUCCGGAAGCACUUGAGAUGUCAUCGCUGUCCCCUGAUGAUGCGAACGAAGUGCUCGCGAAGUUCCUGUCCACCGAGAAGGCAGCCAUGUCUGAAUAUGAGGUAGUCACGAUGGCUGCUGCGUUUGCACGGAGAAACGCUGUAGAGAUGCGGCCUCACUUAUCUCACAUUGAUUUCGGGGCACUUACGUCUGCAGAGAAGCAUGCAAUCAGCGUACAACUCAACCUCACACCGGAUCGGGAUCCGUACAUCUGGAACAGUCUUAUCCGCUCAGAGAUACUUAGACCGCGGGACAUCGCGAACCGGAACCUUGGUGGUCCUCUGCGCUUGCAGAGGCUGUAUGUGUCAACGGAGCAAGGCCGGGCAGCGUUCUUCGAGUACCUCCGGGAAGCCACACAACAGUACAAACGCCGCCUUCUCAUACUGAAGACCGACGACAGGUUCUCCAUGGGAAUUUUUCUGCGUGGCGAGAUUCCAUGGGACGAAGAGCCGGAGAUCAACGACAAUGUACUUGUCUGUCCAUUCAUGCCCGUGACAUCGGAGAUGACCUCAACCUACUGGCGCGGAACUAAAGGCUACAAACUGCAUUGCAGCGAAAGCAUGCUCCAACUCUAUGACAAUAACAGAGCCAAUACCUUCAUAUUCGUCACUCGACCUCCAGAGAAGUCCGGCUCGGACAUCGUAACGAGCGUGGCACUGCAGAAGAUCUCAGGCCGCGUCCAAAAGCAAUAUGGACGAAUGUAUAGGACACCAGUAGUCACCAUCGAAAUCCACGUCGUGUCCAACCGCGAUCGAGUAGCACACCAAGCCUUCGAUCUUCACUUUGAACAAGUGCCUACGGAGGAAUUUCUGAAGAGAUUCGAUAACAUUCCCACUGCGUUCACCCCGAACACAAUCCACGACAUCCAGUGGGAAGAUGACACAUUGGGUGCAACCAUAUUCUCUGCGACGAAAGAACAUGCAUCGACGCUCUUGGCGGGACUGGAGGUCGACCUGCUCUGCAAGUACCUCCGUAUCGCGAUCGAGCACCGAGUAGAAGCCCAGAUCUUCUACGUAUUUGAGGCAUUGCUCGACAAGGAGGAGCUCCCAUUCGCGGAGAUAGGCGAAUGCAUGGAGCAAUACCCGUCCCUCGCUUAUUGCAUCUUGAAGCGUCAUCUCUCAAACGGGCCUGCAUUGCUUCCGGAAGCCAUUGCGGAACUCGGACCCUCGUUGAUUCGUGGUAUCGUGCGCUCUGCGAAUCAGCUUGGUAUUGCUUCAUUGGCAGCACUGGAACGACUAGCACCCGACAUCGGGCUCCUCGACCUCGCCACAUACCUUGAUACGCUCUGGUGGAUCGCCUUGAGUGUCCGCGCUCCUACGGUUAUGCAGGAGCUCCUAUUGAUUAUGCACGAGAGUCGGACCUCCGUACGGUCUCGGAGCCCGGACAUGGAGUAUGCCCACAAGUUCGCCCUUGGCGUCGCUUUUGACAGGGCAGAAGAAGCUGCUGACGCAUGCCCGUGCGACGAUACAGGAAGGCCGAAGCGACAGCGUACCGCUCCCAUACGCGCGACACUGGUUCCCCCCAAACCUCCUCAGAGUCAGAAUGAAGACGACACUGUCGUGGUUGUCGACAAUGCACUAGACUUGAAGCACGUCGUCGCCCAUGUGCGCGUCGACGCACAAACUCCCAUCCGCAUCCACUCGCACGUCCGCCUCAGGUUAGCGUCGCCAGUGGAGGGGCCGCGAGUCGAGGCCGGCGGUGUUAUGCUUGACGCGACUGUCACGCGCGCUACGAGAGGAGAGCUCUAUCUGGAGCUCAAGCACCCCCUGCCGCCGGAGUAUGCACGAGUGGAUUGGUACAUCUACAACGCGGGGAGCAUCGCCACGUCCAAGGCCAUGAUGGACGCAGUCUCCAAGCUCGCACUCGAUGGAGGCCAAGCAUGCAUGUUCGCCGACAUCAUUACUGGUUCAGCAAGAGAAAUACAGUCCGAAGAUGAGGAUGAAGGACGCGAGGCGACUGUCGUGCAGAAUAUCUCUGCGUCCUUGAAUGCGAGUCAACGUGCGGCGCUCCUCGCUGCGGGCCCAGACAAACUUGCGUUGAUUUGGGGCCCUCCUGGAACCGGGAAGACCACAGUCGUCGUUCAAAUAUUGGCUAGAUUCAUUCGCGAGGACCCUGAGGCCAAGAUACUGAUGACAGCUUCCACCCACAACGCUGUUGAUAAUGUCCUGGAACGUUUCAUCGCCGACAACGAGGUCUCUCGGCUUCUUCCACAAGAGCGAAUUCUACGUGUUGCGACCGAGAGCUCGAAGGUCAACAAGUCAUUGCAGAAGUACACCCUGGACGCCCGCAUCGGUGGGAGCAUCAACGACGAUCACAAUCUCGUUAAGAAAGCAGAGAAACGCGUGCGGGAGGCACGCAUCGUCUUCACGACCUGCAGCGGCGCGGGUUUAGGAGUCUUGCGAAGCAUUGACUUCGACACGGUGCUCAUCGAUGAAGCGAGCCAGAUUUCGGAACCAGUCGCGCUUAUUCCGCUCGUAAAGGGAUGUAGAAGGGCGGUGCUCGUAGGCGACCACGUACAGCUGCGACCAACUGUGCGGCCAAUGGGCAAGGCACUGGAGUUCGACAAGUCCCUCUUCGAAAGGCUGUACACCGGUCCGCUCUACUCCCGCAUGACUCGCACCAUGCUAGACGUAUGCUUCUACUUCCAAAUCUCAACACGCACGCAGCGCACAGACGAGAUCUCGAGCAGACUCGGUGCCUCGACCUUCCCAUGGCCACAACACGACCGUGACGGGCGGCUCUUCCCCGUCGUCUUCGUCCCCUGUGCAUCCGAGGAGGACUUCGGGCGCGCCUCAAAGGGAAACACGGGUCAGGCGCAGCUCGUCAAGCACAUCCUCGCUCUCCUUCGUGCGCCGCGCGACGAUAGCGAGCGGUCCGCGGCGCUCGUCCGAGACGUCUCUAUCGCUGUGCUGACGCCAUAUUCGCGCCAGGCGACGCUGCUGAAGCAGGAACUGCCCCAGAGCGUGGGGGCGGUCGUGAGCACCAUUGAUGGCUUCCAAGGACGCGAGGCCGACGUGUGCGUUCUGUCGACUGUGCGCGCGAAUAUGGAAGGCGAUAUCGGGUUCGUGGAGGACGCACGGAGGCUGAAUGUCGCGUGGACGAGGCCGAAGUUGGGUCUGAUCGUGAUCGGGAGCCGCACGACGUUGGAGGCUAACAGUGCGCUGUGGAAGAGGGCGUUGACGGCGUGCAAGGAGGUGGUUAUAGCACUACCAGAGGUCGAAUGA